AUGUGGUCGCCGUGGACCAGCCGGAAGCCAGCACCCGGGCGGCUCACGCAGUCAACGUCCUUCUCCUCAUCCGUCACUUCAUCGUCCAAGGACCACAAUGGCAUCGUCGCCGUCCUCGACGACGACGCGCCGCCCGCGGGCGCCGGCGGCUCGGGCAAGAUCGUCCUCCACCGCGUGCGGUCGUCGAACAAGCUGCGGGCGUGCAAGUCGUUCGCGGCGGCGUCGGAUGCCGCCGCGGCGUCGGUAGCGGGCGAGCGGCGCGUCGUGCUCUACUUCACCUCCCUCCGCGCCGUGCGGCCCACGUUCGAGGCCUGCCGCGACGUCCGAGCCAUCCUGCGCGGCCUCCGCGUCGGCGUCGACGAGCGGGACGUGUCCAUGGACGCGGCGUUCCUCGGCGAGCUCCGCGCGCUGAUGCGGCGGGACCGGCCGGCGCUGCCGCAGCUCUUCGUCGCCGGCCGCCUCGUCGGCGACGCGGACGACGUGCGCGCCCUGCACGAGAGCGGGGAGCUCCGGCGCGUCGUGGCCGGGGCGCCGCUGCUGCCACCCACGCCGUGCGCGUCCUGCGGCGGCUCGCGCUUCUCCCCGUGCGGCGCCUGCGGCGGCAGCCAUCGCCGGUUCAGCGAGAAGACCGGGGGAUUCCGCGUCUGCACGGCGUGCAACGAGAACGGCCUCGUCCGGUGUACUGCAUGCUGCUCCGGCGGUUGA